AGUGGGAGAUGGCGGCGUCUUGGCGGGGGACGGAGAGUGACGCGUCCUGAUACACGCUGGACGUAAACAAAACUAUGGUGGCCUCCAGAGUGCCUGGCUUUACUCGUGCUCACAACAUCACGCCCACGCAAUAUAUCUCGUAAAGCGACAGGAGGACGAGUGACACGACUGUAGCAGACGCGGCGAUGGUGCAAGAGGGAGUGUAGCGAGCGGACACGGGUAGAAUUGGAGAGGGCAAAGACAAGGGCGCCAUUGGUGAUUCCAGAGAGUUGUCACUCCGACCCGGCCAGCAUGAAGGGUGACCUGACGGUGGUGUUGUCAGUGUACGAGGGGGAGGGUAUGCAGCCUCGGGAGAAGUGGAAGGUGGUGGUGACGGCUCACCUGGAAGGCAAAGUGGUCUCCACCGACCCUGUGCCCCUCUCAAGUGAGCCGAAUAUUAGUCAGGAGAUGUCAUGGGACGUUUCCCCAUCAACCCUUCACAAGUACAAGAAUGCCCGAGUGCCGUUGCGUAUUGAGUGUCAUGCCGUGGACAGCAACAAUGAUCACCACUUGGUUGGUUACAUCAUCCUUCCACUCGUCUCAGCUGUCCAGGGAGAAAUGAUUGAUAAAAAAUGGCACCGAUUACUCGGAGGACCGUCAGUGCCUCAGAGGAUGCCUCCGAGGUUACUGCUCUGCCUCAAUGUAUUCUCAGAAGCAACCAAGGGAGCUGAACCUAUGAACGUGUGCCAGGAGAAUGAGCUGCAUAUUGAUAGUGAGAACAUCAGAGAAUUGAACUUUCCGUCUCGUCGCUCGGUAUCCAAGUCGAGUGGUGUUCAAAGGCAAAAUUCUGUGAAUUCAGUUCAAGAAGUUUUGAAUCGUUCACUUGACUCAAGAAGUGGCAUGUUAUGUGAUAGUAAAAAGAAUACGGAUCUUCAAACAAAAGAGAAACAUCCCUCCACAAAGGGAGAAAUCAUGACUAUGGACAAAGAUUUGACCAGGAUGGCAACUCGACUCACUUCUCGUUCAAGUGUCAAUAAUUUACGGGCCGUAGGGGAAGUCAAACAGGAGGUGCGGGAAUACUCUGUUGAUGAUGAGGACCGUGAUGACUCUGAGAAUAGGUUUAAUGCUAAAACACGCAACUUGAGAAGUUGCAAGAACCAGUCGGCGGCGCAUAGUCAAAAUGCAGAACAUCCCGCAUACACCAGUCCAAGAGGUAUUUCUCGGCACUCUAUGACCAGCCCGAGUAAAGAUAGCCAUAUUCAACCAAGUGUUAACCAAAGUGGUGGUACUUAUUCCCCGGCUGGUGGUAUUCCAAUCAGGAGAACAAAUCAACAAUCUGGUGUUCUGAGUUCACCCAACAGCUCCAUUAAAGAAAAUGGCCAUAAGUCGACUUCACAAGCAGCAAAUGAGAAUGACUUUGUUAUGGCAAUUCCGAGCACCUCGAGUGGAACGAUUGGUAGAUCUAAACCCAGUACGGAGAUGACACAAAUAAUUCCUCGGCUGAAUGAAAAUGGUGGCUUCUUUCAGAUUGGUCCCAUCGGUGAUCCGGAUGAAAAAACCUUCCACUUCUCUGUCACCAUAGUGUAUGCAAAGAACCUUGACCAGGUCCUUCCCAAAGACCUCAAAGUGGCCGAGUCGGACACGCUGCGUUUCUGUUACUCCUUGCUGGGCCACAUUGUCUACACCGACUCAAUAAAAGACCUCACAAACCCUGACUUUCUAGCAGAGAGAGCAGCAGGCAAAGUGCGUUCCACGUCGCUGAAUGUGUCCUCGUACUUUCAGCAGCAUCCAGAGUUUCCCAUCCAUCUCCUCAUUGGCGAUGUCUGCCUGGCAACUAGCAACAUAAAUCUAAGCUCAUUUGAAAGCGCAGGAGAUUGUCUCACACCUGAAACGCCAAUCACGGUCGAGGGGAGUUUUCCCCUAUUGCCGGUCAUGUUAAAUCCUUUACUUUGGUCUCCAGCCAAGGAACCAGUGCUAGGAGUUAUCAUCCAACUCUCUGUCUCACUUGAGAAUGAAAGUAACACUCAAUAUUAUCCACCAAUGAUAAAGGAGAACUUCGGCACUGGAAGAGCAUUGAUCAUGAUGGACUAUCUCUCCUCGGCAUCCUCAAGUGACGAUGCGAGCGAAUAUGAAAAGGAGCACAGGAUACCCUGGUCCAACCAAAAUGACGGGUCCAGCGGCUACUAUGUGGAAGAUGGGAAAAACAAAAAGUACAAGGUAAAAAAGCAGAGGCACGGACAAAGAGACUUGCUCUCACGGUGGCAGCACCAACGCAAGAGUCUCAUGUAUGAUGCAGCCAUGGAGGUUGAGACUUGGAAAGAAGAUCAACAACACAUAUUUUGGGAACAGUGGAGUGCUCGUGAGGCUGAGUUGCAGAACCAUUUAGCAUCGGAGUGGCAGGAGAGGAUCAGCAGUGUGGAGACACAACUACAGAGUCGCCUCGACCAGUGCGACACACUACACAAAACCCUCACAUCUGCUUUACUGAAUGUUGGCAUUAAGGAGAAAAAUGUUGCAUUGAGGGAAGAGAAGGUAAGAUCACUACAACAAGAGGUUAAAAGGCAGAAGCGUGAGUUGAAGCAAAGAGAGAGUGCAUCAGUUAAAGUUGACAAGAGACAAAGAAAACGUAAAAUGGAGGAGGCGGAUGAACUGCAAGUACAGCUGCAAAAUGAAAAGAGUAGGAGAAAACAACUGCAGAGACAGGUGCGGGAGUUGGAGGCAGCCAGCAGAGCCGCUACUGAAGCUGCAGAAGCUACGCAACUUGGGAAUCAAGUGAAAAUGCAGGAGAUUAAGUCUCUGAAGGAAGACAAGGAACGUUUGGUGGAACAGCUGAAUGCGGCAUUAAAGAGGAAACAGUAUUAUAAAUUGCAGUGGGUACGCCUGGUGGGGCAAAUGCAUAACAUGCACACUGCACGUGUCCACGACACUCCUGAUGUCAGAAUGGAUAUGGAGAGGUCAGAGCCAUAUUUUGUUAAUCCACAGCCCAAUAAACAAUUGAAAUAUAAAGAAGACAACACAGUUCAUGACAUUGGGGGGAAAAUUACAAGACGUGUAGAAAUGGCAAGACGAGGACAGAGUGAUGCAGCGCGAGGUGAAACAGAGUUUGGGGAGAGUGGUCGGAGGGAAAGAUGGAGGAAGGGGGUAGGCCCAGGCAAGAGUUCACAGCCAAGCAAAAUCCUAGAAAAUGUAUUAAAGGAAAGGCAGGAGCUGGAGAGGCGGGUGAGAAGGAAUGAUCAUAAAGAAGCUGGGCAAGGAUCCACAGAUUAUUCUGCAGCCAUUAAAGAAGCAGAGAGGAAGCUUCGCUCUCUGGAGACGGGCAAUUGGGAAGCUUCGUAAUGGAGAUGGGCGCUGUGUUGCAAGCAGUGUGGGGGGGUUACAAAGCAGGUACUGAAGUAUUAGGCAUAUAACAAGUAAAGCUGCAACUUUUAUAAUAUUAGUUGGUGAAGGAUUUUUUUUUUUUUGUAAAAAAGAACUCGUUACAGCAUAUUGUUAAAGACGGAUGUAGUUGACACACAAUGGUUAACAAAAUUUACAAUUUAUUUUGACAUUCCAGGCGUAAUAUGACGGUGAUAGUUAUUAUCAAUGAAGUGUCAGUUAUAUAUUGUGAUCAAUACUAAGAUUGACCACAAAUUAAAAAAAUCUUUCAAAACAUGUAUAGCAAGGUAAAAAUAAUUUUGAGGUCAGGAUUUGACAUUGCACACUAAAUAUUCCAAAACUUUACAUGCCAUGUAUUGCAGCUUCUGUUAUGUGUUGACAUAAGACCUGAAAUGUCACAGUAAAAGUACCCGUUGGUCAAUGAGGCAUUUGUGUCUGUAAAUGACGACUUAAAACCUAGAAGUCUUGGCUGUUCACGUAGCAUGUUGCUAGUGUCUACACUUGGGCGGCUUGUGUAGACAGCUGGCGAGGUGGGAUGCAGUCCUGUCGUGGAUAUGCAUUGGUCGGUGUUUGAGGGUAAUCAUCUCUCCACAUUAUAGUUUUAAGCUAAUUAAUAUUUUUGUAUUUUUUCUUACUUCUGAAAAGCAUUUACAAAUUACCUUUUUAAGUUGUUUUCAAAGUUCAAGAUUAUAGAAAAUGUUGAGAGAGAGACAUUUGAGGAGGAUUAUGUGGAGCGCACUAAGAGCCUAAUUCUGUUGUUCCCGAGCAGCGGGAACUUUUGUAAAUAUGUUGUGUUCCUUUAUAUAUUACUGUACUCUCAAAUAAAAUAAACUCACUGCCA